GUCAACGUCAACCCAGAAGAAUAUUUGUUUUGUCUGUUUCAAAACACCAGAUACAUACACACGAUCUUAAUUUACCAUACCAUAUAAGACAUUUUAUUUUGCUAUCAGUUGAGUAUUUUUAAGAAGAAGAGUUAAGAACGCAUCACACGACGAACGCGAAAGUCGUUUUUUUUAUAAGAUCCAAAACUUAUUUUAAGAAGGCCAGCAGACGACAAAGAAGUUAGUCUUGGAGACAGGUGGAACCCGGCGUACAUUUCCUUACAUAAAAUCAAUUUCUGAGGUCACGCUAUGGUACCUGUACAAUAUGUUUAUAGUUACGUUGUUUUGAUAUGUUUGUUGAAUAUAUAUCCAGUGCCAGUGGUCAAAGCUGGCGACAAUUCUAUCAAAAUGUGCAAUUCGACUAAAAUAGAUCAAGUAAAUUGCACAAGGAAUUCCUCUGUUUCGCAAAAUAAUACAAAAACACCGAAGAAAAGUUUCUCACUUCCUCAAGAAAUAUUAAUAACAACAAUGGUGGUCUCCACAGUUGGUGUCCUAACAAAUGGUCUUCUUAUUGUUGUUAUUGUGAAGGAUCCUAUAAACGAACUAAGACGAGGACCGUGGAUUACUAUCUUAAGCUUAUCUAUAGCUGAUUUCACUGCAUCUUUGUCUCAAUUCAUGAUUGUUGGAUUGGGUAGAUUGUUCGAGGUCAAACCAUCAGAAGCUGUCAUUUAUUCUGUCCUUUUCUUUUGGAUGUUUGGGGCUGCGGGCUCAUUUUUUCACUUGACAUCACUCACAUGGCAAACUUACAUGAUUGCAAAAUAUCCCAAAUACAGACAACAAAUAUUAUCAACGAAGAAAAUUUACAUAUUAUGCGCCACAGUUUGGUUGAUUGCCAUUUGUAUGGCAUUAGGUGAAGUCACGUCACUUUACAUAAAAAAAUUUGACCAGCUUAUGUAUAUCUAUAUCACGUUAUAUGCUGUCUUGGAAAUCGCAGUUUUACUUCAGAUCAUAUUGAAGUGUUUCAUACUUAAGGUUGUAUUGCAAAGUCGACAAGGCACUAAAGUAAAUGCUAAACAGUACAACACUAAACACUUUGAAAUUGUAAAGGCAAUCAUUGUGCUGAAUGUCUUAUUACUGGUAACUGCAUUUCCUUAUUUUGUCGCCAAACAAGUGGAGUUUAUUCAAAGGCUUGGAAAAAUACAAAGUGAAUUGGCUUGGCGUUUUUCUUACUACUACAAACCAGUUGCCAUGGUGAAUUUCGCUGUCAAUCCAAUUGUGUAUGCACUGAGGCUUCCAGUUUAUCGAAACAGUCUGAAGGCGUUGUUUAAAAAGAACAGUUUUAUUUCUACUGAUACAGCACAGCAAUCGACAACUUCGUUCUGUUCUGCUGAUGAAACGAUUGCUUUGUAGAUAAUAUGCAUUGAUUAUUAUGCAUUGAUCAUAUAUAACUUGAUUACAAAUAUAUCCAAUGAUUAUUUUUUUAAUAUAGGUAAUAACAUAAACUUUAGUGUAAUUUGUAGUUAUACUUUUGUGUAAUUUUUAGUGUAAUGUUUGGAUUUGUAGCCAAUUUUGCCUUCAACAAACUAUUUUGAUAACCACAUCAAAACAUAGUACAAUAUCGUAUCUAAUAAUACGUUGUCCUCCUUGCUGCUUAUUUACAUCUUUACGAAGAAAUUCUCUACAUUGAAUUUAGCGUGAGCAGAAGCUUUGUGUAACAGAACGUUUUCAUUGAUAAAACAGCAUGGUCAGCAAUCAGCAUGUAUUUAAAAAUUCAGCCAGAAUCGUUUUUAAUUAUACUUUAUAGUUUGCAAGAAAAAGUAUGUUUAACAAUCUAUCAAUAUGUAGCAUUUUAUCUGCACUAGCAAAAAGAGGAAGGCAGAAAUGAGCAUAGUCUUAAAAUUCACACAUACACAUUAAAUUUUCAUACAACUAUAUUUGUAUAAUUUUAGUGUUUGAUAGGAUAAGCUGAUAAUAAACGAACAAUGAACAAUACACUUUAAUGAAUACAUUUAUUUAUUGUCCAUAAAGAUAUUUGAACGUCUUCCUCCACACCAUGUUACGCUAGAAUAAGGACAUCCUCUUUUUUUCAUAUGGUGAUGCAGCUGACGCUUUUCCUUUUUGUUUUCCAGUUCAAUUGGAUUCUCCAAAGAUUCGCCAUUCAACCACAACCAUUUUGGUUAUGCACAGUAGGAAGAAAAAAACACAAUAUGAAGAAAAGAACAAGGCCAUAUUUCAACCCUUUCAUACUUUACACAACAGCCCAAGAGAAGCUUGACGUCCAAUUCUUCAAGUUUCAAAGUAGAUUUACUGCCAGUACAUCAUUCCUAUGGCACAGCUAUAUUUAUACCAUCAAGCAUCAAGUGUUUUUAAACACAGACAUCAAGCUUCUUAACAGCUUGAGUUUACUAAAUGGAUUCGGGCUGUUCUUAGUUUGGAUAAUACCUUUCAAAGUCUUUAAGCAACAAGAGAACACUUGACAGAUAAAAAAUGAUGAGAACCGAAAGCCGUGUCCUAUUACUAUAUGUUGCUUUAUUGGUUAUAUGGGUAUACAGUGUUUUAUGUUUUGCCAAUAAUUUCGCUAUUGUUUGGUUCAUUUUAGACACAGCUUGAGCAAAAUUAUAUUUUGUAUCGGUGUUCAACUGCAUUGAAGCAUCAAGUGCUUUUAUAAACUGUAGUGACAACGUGUGUUAAGUACGUAGCGUUGCCAGAUGGAAUAGAAUCUUCUAACUUUGCAAAACAGCAUUCACAAAAAAUGAACAUUCGAAACUACUUGUUUUUAUACAUACGAAAUUUUUUGUCUGAGUAAUCUUCACAUCCUCCUUUAAAUAAAAUCGUUACAGUUGUACGUGUGUUAAAUAAAUUUUCAUAUUUUCAUUAAA